CUAACGUAUGAUAAUUGAUUAAUUUUUUAUGUUAUAAAAAUAUUUAAAAUGUAUAAUUAUGGUAUAAUCUCUCAUCUCGGUAACUAUUUAGGAGAAUUCAACAAAUUGGCAACUAAUGACACUGUUCCGAUUGUAUAAUUGGUCGGCGGGAGAGACGACGGACGGCUGCUUCUCUCACCGGCGCCACCAGAGGAAUUUGACCGGAGAUAAUCAGAAGCCGAUAGGACAGACAAAAAAGAUUGUUUCUUGAUUACAAAAGCUUGUCACAUUGAUGUAAUACAGGACUGAUUUGAAGUCAUGAUUGAAAUCUAAAUGGGACUUACGAUACGUGUAAUAGGAAGGAGUUCAGUUUUGCAAACUGUAUGAGCUGAUUCCUGCAAGGCAUGGCUGCCAAACUGCCUUUACCGAGCUGUCCCACAAUCUUUAAGCAUUUGAGUGUAGAUCAUACUGGAUCAAGAUUUAAUGGAGCUGUCUGCCUUUGGGGAGCUGCACAUUCAUUGGGCAGAAUCAUGCAUUUCGGGCUAUCUUUUACUAAUAUUGUCCAACCUUAUUCUUUCAGAAUUUUCAAGAGGCGGGCAUGGUCUAUAAGAAGUGCUGCAGAUGGCAGUGGACUAGAUUCUUCUCCUACAACAAGCGGUAGCAGUGGAACUCGACUUAUUAGGGCCAUAGAGGCUCUUCUAGUCAAACUAGAUGCCAGAAUUAAGGUGUUGAGAAAAAACCUGCCAAUGAAGUUGCUGUUUUUCUUAGUGGGUUUCUAUUGUGCAACUGCAUUUGCCACUGUAAUAGGGCAGACAGGUGAUUGGGAUAUUAUUUCUUCUGGAUUGGCUGUGGCUGUGGUUGAGGGCAUUGGAGCUCUCAUGUAUAGAUCUAUUCCUUUAAUUGAUGGGGUAAGAAGCAUCAUCAUUAUGUUCAAUUACUGGAAAACUGGGCUGACUCUUGGUCUAUUCCUCGACUCUUUCAAGUAUUAACGCGGAAAUGAGGAGAGAAGUGUACAUAAAUCAUAAUGCCAUUGAAAUUUCAUAGUUUAUGUUGUGUUUUUUUGUAGGCAAAUUCAUGUUGUCAAGAGGGUAACUAUAGUCUGUUGUACAGUGUCUCCAAUGAUACAACAUAUACAUCACUUGUACAUGGGAGGCAUCCCUAGUUUGGUUUCACAUUAAUAAAAUGUAUACAGAAAUAUGGUUUGAUCUUUCAGUUUUA